UAUGUCAUUUGAAGAUGCAUGCGAGUGGCUACAUGCUGGAACAAAAACACAGCGCAAGAAAGGUUUAGAUGCGGUAACUAACCAUGUAGCAGAUCCGGAAAUACAGAGAAAGAUUGACAGUAAAACUGAUCAGAAUAACAAAAAACUCAACUGGACGAAGCUACUUGAUUGGGUCCAUGAAGCUAUUAUCCAAAAUGUUGGCAAGCUUGGUCCCAACGACCAUGUCAAUAAGGCUAAAGGUCUAACAAAUGCAUACUCCAACGUGUUACAAUCUGCUGAUGCUCGAGGUGAACGGAUCAAGAGCAAUCUAGUGAUCUCAUCCCAUGUGAUGGAUGUAGUUAUCAAUAACAACAACUGCAGAUUCUUAGGGAAGGACUACAUCCGGAUCAUGUGCAAGUAUAUCCUCUCCUCGCCUCACCACUGUGCUAACAUCGCCGCACCCAAAUGGAUGGCCCUGCUGAUGAGAUUGUUUGAGGUUUGGACUUCUCACAAAGACCUUGUCCCUGCCCCCAUCCUCGUCACCUGUAUUUACCGAGUUGCGGCCAGCACCUCUGUCAAACACCACUUUCCUAAACCUGAGGUGUUUCUCUACUUCUCCGACUUCAUAAGAAUGGAAUGGGGCCGGCACCACGAGAAGAGCAGCAGUUUCACUACAUCCUGUGUAAACUUCGCCUCUCUCUACAACACCCAAAUAACCAGAUCUGGUGGCUCACCUCACGAUAUCCUGGAGCUAGGAGCCCUCAUUAUUCCCCUUAUCUUGAGACCAAAUCAUGCGCUGCUGUACAGGGGGGUUAGAGGAGAGACUAUGGAGUUUGUGAGUGGUGUUGUGGGUGUUUGGCAGAGUUUAGAUCCCGAAGAGCGAUCUGUUGAUCUUCAAGAGAUGAUCCGACUAUUACAAGAUAGCCUUUUGUCUGACCUAGAAAACUCGUCUGUCAAUUUAGUUUCCUCGAAUACAAGCAUUGAAGGUAUUUAUUACAAGCUCUGCUCACGUGUAAUGAUAUGCUGUAAAAACUUGGGAUGUGAUGAAACGUUGGAACCGUCCAGAAGGCGCAGAAAAGUCACAUCUCUUCUGGAUUUAUUUCGAAGACUUCAUUCUUUGCCUGACAUUAUCAAAACUUCAAUGUGUAGAAUCGGCACAUUACUGAAUCAAGAAGAGUAUUUUGAGAAGAGUGAUUUGAAAAGUAUAGUGUCAAACCUGUUGACGGCACUCAAAGAAACGAAAUCAGAUGCUAGCUUUGUCGAUGCUUUACUAACCUUCUUGUUGGAUAUUUUAGAAGUGAUAGAUGUUCCUGAUUUAAAGACUGAAGUGGUGUCCACGGUUCAGAGAUCGUGUCUACUCUCGCACGAGUAUCUCGCACUGAAGAUACUGUAUUCUAUAACAACACCUCCAGAUAUCCUUACCUUCAAGAAACCGUCUUGGUCAAAUGUUGACUCCAUUGGAGCUAAUCUUGAUACAGUGAGUGUCUCCGAUAAGAAACUAGUGAAUUGGUUGCUGAGAGGAUACUGGACAGAAAGUACUUUCUACGUCUUCAAGAUCGCUCUUUCUGAUUGGAAAGGGAGCACUCCAGCUAAAAUAGGACAUAUUCUGGCUAAUAUCGUGACAAAUCAAAAGAAAAGUCCUCGUAACGACCCGACCUUUCUUCUGGAGACUGGCUGUGAAGAUAAUCAAGUUUGCAACCAUUACGGUGAAAUGCAGUUCAAAUCAGAGAAUAUCCCCGUCAAGGAAUUGGCAAAAAAUAUAGGAUCAACUCCCCGCAAACUAACCGUUAACCAGGAUUUAAUGGACGAAAUUAAGAGUAUCAUCCUGGAAAUAUGUAUGAAAGUAUCGACUGAGAGUCAGAGCGAUUUGUUACUGAUGUACGCUACUGUCAUACAAUCUAUGUUCACAAAUCUGAAGAGAAGUGGAUUGAGCGAAAAUGUGAUAUCCUGCUUGCACCAACAGUUCGAUUUUAUCAUCGUGUACCUGAAGAAUCUUCCGAUGACGUCAGACCUACACCCAUUGCUCCUUGAAUUAGCCAAAGUAGCUUAUAUCGGCCUACCACUGUCUUGGAUGAGAUACCUUUUAUCUGCUUUGGAAGGAAGUGAACCAGUAAGCAGUGAGACAGAUUCAGAGGAGCUGAUAGUAUCCAGUUCGUUGUGGGGCGGAAAAGAGAACACAUUUACCUCUGGAAACAUUUCCAGCACUUUCAUGUCCACCACUGUACCCACCACUCAGUUUAUGGGAGCGGACGAAGGACAGUUUGCGGAGGGAAAUCUAGUUGAUGCUAGCACUGAGAGGAGAAAACAGAUCGUGGAUAUUCUGGUCACGUGGCACGAGUCUACCCCUGGAACGUCUCUUGAAAUUCUCGAAUCCCUCAAGACGCUGUGUCAAGAUCAUCUGGAAGUCAGAUCCUGGACUCCUUGUCUGCUGCAUAUCUUGAGACAACUCUGCCAUCUCUCUCCGAUUCUCCCGCUCAGAUUUGUGGAAAUUAUCCCUGAAAUUGCAAGGUUAUUGCUAGUAGCGAACUUUAAAGACGAGACAAAGUGUUGCGAAGUGUUGCAGAGUGUCGCGGUGUUGUUACCACACGUCACCUCCGAGACUCAUAGUAUAGUUGUUAGGGACAUUGUACAAAAUAUCGUCCUCAAUUUCUGGCAGUUCUAUGAACAGGGUAAGAUGUCGCCCUUGUGUCGGAUACCCUUCCUAAAGUGUAUUAACCACCUCGCCUCCCCUCGUUUACUGGCUGCUGUGGGAGAGCAUCUCAAACCUGGGGACAUCCUCGUAGCUAUGGCUCAAGACGAGGUGCCGGUGGUAAGACUACACGUGGUGAAGAUAGUUGAAACCCUCCUCUCAACAUCAUCCCCGGAUCGCCAGCUGGAGAUGUUCAACAUGUUCAGUGCUGUGUUCGAUAUGAAGUGUCAGGAAGAUAAAAGUACGGACCUGUCCUCACCCCUCCGGACCUACCUCCUCUUCCUAAAAUCCUGUCUCGUAACCACAUCUACCCUGAUCCUCCCUGCUCUUAACAAACUGGUUCAGCUCGCUGCUCACGCCCCUUCAGUCACCGCUAAGGCAGUUGAGAAUAUCUCCGAUAUCCUGGAGUACACCUCACCACGUGCACUGUUUACCACAUUCAGCGAGCGGGUCUUGUUGUCUUGGUUACGUGAUAAGAACGAGCUCCGCCAUUUCCCCACUGCUACAUUCAGUUACUCUUCCUUGUUCGAAUUUUACAGAGAACAGUGUGGCGUUAUAAGUCUGGCUCUACUUCUAGAAGGCGAAUAUACUCAGCUAUCCCAAGUAUUUGAAAUACUUGGCACACCGCCAGAAGAUGCUCUGCAGAGCAUUUGCCCGCUGCUCCUUGGGGGAAUUCUCCCGAUGAACAAUUCAGAAGAUGUGAAAUACAGGGAAACAUUCCCGAAGAUCUUUGAAUACCUUAACUCUGCUCUGAGCGACCCGAAAAUAGUAAAAGACUGUCUGAAGAAUAACAUAGACCUGGUUGUUACGGAGAUGUUACUCAGAAUUUCUGAUCCUAUGGAAGGACGGUAUUCAAAGUAUUCCAGGUCUGACUCAGUGUUGGUGAAAAACCCGCCUACUCUUCUAAGCUGGUGUCUCAAUGUUUAGAGACUAUCAGAGCGCAGAUGAAG